AUGCUCAACCACACCGCAGAAGGUAGUACGUGCGGUCGAUGUUCAGCACAUUUCAAACGUCAGGACCUGCUGGAUCGUCACCUCGCCCGCCACCGGCAAAGAGAUCAAGAAGGCAGAGGCCAGGAUCUCCAGACUCGGAAGCGCAUGUGGCGAGAUGCGGAUGGCAAUAUCGUGACCAAGCGCCCUGCUCUGCAAAGUCAAUCCGAUCUGGACAAAGGCUCCGGGGAUGAUAUUGCAAUGAACCUGGCGGAAGAAGACAGAGCUCCUUUUGCGGACGUCCAAGCGCCCCCGUCUCCGCCGAAAUCUCAGCCUGGGACAGAUCUCAUGGACCAGCCGAUGCAAUACAACGAUGAUAUGAAUACAACUCAUGACCACCAGGUCUUCGACUUCAGUCAAAUGCCUGCUCGGGAGCAUAGUGCAAAUGAUAUGUACGAUUUCCUUGCCAAUUCUUCCUGGGGCCAAAAGCCCUCACAGUCAAUACCUACCUCUGGCCAGGAUGUGUGGGACGAUGCAUUCGCGCCCGACACGGCGAGUUCCUUCAACAUGCCCUAUACGACGAUGAACAACUAUACCUGGCUCUUUGAUGUCAGCGCGACCCACCCGAGCUAUGAAGCCCCAGCACCGGUACACAUGAAUAUCUGGGGACCUCAAAUGACCAACGAAGCACUGACCAACUUGAAUAAUGGUCCCAAUGUAAGGACUGCAAAUCAGUCAAACUCUCAUGGUCUCCGAACGCCUCACCUGCCUUUACAGCAGCAAUCACAGCAGCAUUCGCUACCAAUGCAAGCGUUCUUAGCGCAACAAGAAUAUCAGUCUCUCUCUUCCGAGGAGCCACCCAGUCUACCCGCUGUGAGCCAGACUCAUUCUCAGCGUCUGUCGGAAGCGGCCCAGUCUUCUGUAACAACGUCGCCAGAAGCUCUAUCCGCUAGUGACUACUCAUUAGCAUCCAGCAAUACUUCCGCGGCUCAGCAUGCUCCAAAGCAAUCACCACCAUAUCAGCGUCCGUUCACUGCAUCGUCCCUCGAAUCGACCUCGAUACAGUCAUUUCACCCAUGCAGCACAUUCAGAAGUAUGCCUCAGAUCGACGACUUAUCGAGGGGCCGGGUUGUCGACCUCAUCGUCCAGGCCGGGACCAAAACACCCGAUGGCUUGUUGGUAAAUCGCGACCAUCCACUUCUCUCGCUUGCGUCUCUCCAGACCUACUGUGACCUGUUCUUUACUCGAUUCAACACUUGCUAUCCAUUGAUCCACAGACCCACGUUUGACCCUGCGCAAGUCGAGACUCUCUUUCUCCUAGCCGUCUUACUACUGGGUUCAACCUAUGGCGACAAAUCAGCCCAUAGACUAGCAGUGUGUAUUCACGACGUCAUGAGAGCGCAGAUCUUCCAACACAUGUCUUUCACCGCAACACCAGAGCUGUGGAUCCUGCAGACUAUUCUGCUCGUGGAAUGCUUCGGCAAGUCGAGGGCUGGCCAGAAGCAGCACGACAUGUCUCACUUGUUCCACGGUCUUUUGAUCAACCUUAUCCGCCGUAGUGACUGCCAAACUGUCCAGGCGCCCAAGAUGAAUGUUACAGACUGCACAGAGAAUCUCGAGACCCAUUGGCGUAGAGCUAUGCAAUACGAGGAGCGGAAGCGGUUGGCACAAAUGUGCUUCUUGUGGGAUGUCCAGCAUGCAGUCCUCUUCUCCCAGUCCCUUUGCAUGUCUUCAUUUGAGCUGCGGACUGCGCUGCCCUGCAAUCCGACGGUGUUCGAAGCCGAGACAGCGUCGGAAUGGCAACAGCACGUCAGACGAGAGCCGGCACCCAAACACUUUUUGUCGGUCCUCAAGUCGUAUAUGUCCCCGUCAGCACCCACACAGAGCCACAACCUCAACGCCUUAUCUCGCCUUCUCGUCCUGCACGGCUUGAUGAGCGUGAGCUGGGACUUCACACGCCGCGACCAAACAUCUCUUGGCUGCGGCAGCUUGAUUGGUACCGACGACUGGCGAUCAAGAAUUGGUGCUUCCUACGAUACCUGGAAGGCCGACUUUGAUACCUACUGCUUGAAUAUCUCAUCGUCGCUCAACAGAGCCACCGACUACCCAAAUGUCAAGUCUGAUUUCCAGCGUUUCUCCACCUCGACGCUUGCCAUCUACCACGCCGCCCACAUCAUCCUCAACAUCGAGAUCCUCGAUCUGCAAAUCAGCGCUGGCGCUCGACACAUCAUCGGCCGUCCUGUGAGCCGGACGGACUACGAGCGAUCGCGGCGGCAAGUCCGAGAUUGGGCUCAGCAGAAGCCGGCCGGCACCACGUCGGCCUGUACAGCGGCAUGGCAUGCGGCGCAGUUGCUCCGAGAUGGAAUCAUGAACCUCGACAACUGGAACGUGAACAACGCCUUCCACUAUCCGUGGUGCCUGUACCUGGCCACCCUUACGUGCUGGGCAUUCCACUGGGGGUGCAGGGAGGAUCCUGGCACAUCCGCCCCUGCCAACUACGAUGCUCGAAGCGAGGAUGCGGUGAGCCUGAGCAUGGGCUUGUACGCCGAUGAGAGUUCGUUGGAUGAGGCCAACGCAGAGAUGAAUGCUCUCGUCUCUGGGAUGACGAGCGGGGUACCGGAAGGACUCUGGCGGAUAGCAGGCAAGUACUCGGCACGGGGUCUCACUAUCGUCAUGGCACAGCACCUCAGCAAUGUGAGAUGGGCGGUGGUGCAUGAGGGCAUGAAGGUCCUGAAGGGGUUGAUGGCGAAGCAAGAAGUUUUGUGA